AAGCCGCUCCGCCUCUUCCGAGCAGGGUCGCGUCCCGGCCAGUUGGGCAUGAGGUGCUGGACCCUCGGCAGGUCCAGGUAGCUCCGGGCCGGGCGCGAUGUCCCGCAACCUGCGCACCGCGCUCAUUUUCGGUGGCUUCGUCUCCCUGGUGGGCGCCGCCUUUUACCCCAUCUACUUCCGGCCCCUGAUGAUGCCGGAGGAGUACAAGAAAGAACAAGCUAUAAAUCGGGCUGGAAUUGUUCAAGAAGAUGUGCAGCCUCCAGGGUUAAAAGUAUGGUCAGAUCCAUUUGGCAGGAAAUGAAAGGGCUUUCAGUAACCCUGAAUAUGGAUUGACACACCUCCACGUGCAUUUUGGCACAGAGUCUAAUAAAUCAUCUGGCUAUCAAAUGAAAGCUGGAGACGCCAACUCUACUGCUAUCAAUGGGAAGUACUUGUCAUUGAAGCCUGCGCCAAAGGAUUAAGACGAAGUAGCCAGAGAACCCUAGAAUAAAGGACAGCAUUGGGCAGCUCUUCCUGGUUGGGUUGAGUUUCCGGCUGGGUUUGGAGAUCUGCUUAUUGCUCAGCCUCCCCCCUGCCAACCCCUUCCCAGCAGCACCGUGAUAUGAAUAUGAGCCACCAGUGGGCCCAGGAAGGUUCAGAUCUCCUUUGCCAUCUUCCAAAUCAGAGAAUCCAGUAAAAAACCACCCUGCUGGGCUGCCUCCUAGGGCGCUUUGAAAAUGUGCAAGUUGAAAAAAACGCUUUGAGAACAAGGUACUUGGUGCUGUUUAAACAGUCCAGCUUAACCAUCUCUUGUGGAAGGCAGCUCUGUGGUGGAAGCAGGUGCACGUGUGUAGUAGAAAUCACUGGCAUAUUAAUAGAUAUGUGUACAUUAAAAUGAUUUAUUUUGACCUCA